UAAAUUAAAAUAGACAUGUGUCUCUUUUCAUAUCGAUGCAAAAACAAUAUCUUUCCUCUUUAGGUACUAUGCAGACUGAUAUUAUUUAAACUCCAUACGAGUUUGAGUUUCCGGUAAAUCGUUCGAAAGUGCUGCUGCGUUUAACGCAUUGCAUUUACUCAAUUCAAACUGUCACCGGAGCGAUGCCUUACGUCAACUAAAUUCAAAUGCAUAGAACGAUACGGCGUUUUUGUACAUUUAUAUUUAUAAAUCGCAUUUGUUGACAAUAGUUGCGCCUAUAUAUAUAUAUAUUUUUUUUUUACUAUUCUCAGCUACGUCGUGUUGUAUGACACGAAAGGCUUCAAAUGUCCCAGAAAAGCGACUCUGAAAGCGACAUCUGGGAUUAUAAACCUCUUGCAAAGAAAAAGAAGAAACAAGACUUGUCUGCUCGUGGAAAUGCGGCCAAGAGAAAAUGCACAACGAAGACCAAGUCAGGCAAGAUCCCUGAUAGUGCAGCCACUCAGAUUGACGUCUCUGCUAAUGUAAACCAUGGACAACGUGAUCCCAGCUCGUCGUCACUUGCAAAGGACACACAACAUGUUGAGAGUGAAACCAUGGAAGGCUUUUGUCCCAUUUGCCAGAUGCCAUUCUAUAUUUUAUUGGUGCAAUCGCAAAGAUGGCACGUUGCUGAAUGUCUGGACACGCCAAGGGACACAUGCAAAGAAUGUCCUGAUGCCCUGUGCUCGUCCACCAUUCCGAACCACUACAAGAAGUUCAACCACACGCUGUUGGCCCACGUCCGAGCCAACAGCCAAGCCGCGCCGAUCCACUCACAAGACAGCGAGCGCCGUCCUCCUAACCAUAAUACCUUCGAAGCUCCGCCAUCGCCGCCGACAUCCCAAGCCACUAACAGCCUCCUGCUGCUGCGCUCGCCCGGACCGGACGAUAUGAAGAAGAAGAAAGGCUGGUCUUCCAGCGGCCGUUCUUCUGUUACCUCUUCGCAGGGAAGUAGGACGGAGACCCCGGCGGUCAGUCAAUCGUCUCAGGACAUAGAAGAUCUGAUAUCCUACUCACCACUUUCGGAGCUUCCAGCUGAGAUGGAUGCAGUUGAUAAGGAUGCAUCUGAAGAUGAAUGCUCCAUGGUUCUCUUCAGCGAAGAUGAGCCGCUUACGGAUUUGUCGGAUCACGACGAAGGCGUCGGUAAGGUCUCGCUGAUUGCUGGAGAAAAGCUUCAAUCCCCACAGAGGAUUGUUUUGGAACGCUUGAAGGAAAGUCUUCAAACGUCAGCUUUCGGGUCCUCGCAGUCCAGCGCGGCGCCUCCUCGGAACAUGGCGGCGCGAGGUUCCGGACUCAAGCAGACAGACAUCGGAGUGUUCUUCGGCCUCAAAGCGUUGAAGGUGGAGGUGAAAGUGGAGGCGGAUGGUGGAGCUUCCUCCAGGAGAGAAUGGAAGAGGAACCCUGCGGGCCGAGGCGGGGAGGCUGCUGGUAAAGGUGGCAACAAGGUGGAGGUGGCAAGAAACAAAUGGCGGAACAGAGACGACGACAAAGGAGAUGAACAACCACGGCGGUGUCCGUUUUAUAAAAAGAUUCCUGGCACGACAUUCGCCAUCGACGCCUUUCGGUACGGCGCCAUUGAAGGCAUCAGCGCCUACUUCCUGACCCAUUUUCACUCGGACCACUACGGAGGGCUCACCAGGAAAUCCACGUUUCCCAUCUACUGUAACAAAAUCACAGGCAACCUGGUGAAGAGCAAGCUGAAGGUGGCCGAGCAGCACGUGCACAUCCUCCCCAUGAACACCAGGGUGAGCGUGGACGGGGCGGAAGUCCUCCUCCUCGAGGCCAACCAUUGUCCAGGAGCGGCCAUGUUGCUCUUCUUCCUGCCCAACGGACAGACGGUCCUCCACACGGGCGACUUCCGAGCCGAUCCCUCCAUGGAGGCUUACCCGGAGCUGCUAGCUUGCACGGUGCACACGCUCUACCUGGACACCACGUACUGCGGCCCCGAGUACACCUUCCCCAAGCAACAGGAGGUCAUCGACUUUGCCGCCCGCGCCGCCUUUGAGUCGGUGACGCUGCAUCCUCGCACCCUGGUGGUGUGCGGAUCCUACUCUGUGGGGAAGGAGAAAGUCUUCUUGGCCCUGGCGGAGGUUUUGCGCUCCAAAGUCUGCCUCUCCCGGGACAAAUACAACACCAUGUGCUGUCUAGAGUCGGAGCACAUCAAGCGGCAUUUGACCACAGAUUGGAGGGCGGCUCGGGUCCACGUCCUUCCCAUGAUGCAACUCAACGUCAGGAAGCUAGAGGAGCAUCUGGGGAGGUUUACUUGCCAGUACGACCGUCUGGUGGCCUUCAAGCCCACAGGCUGGACCUUCAGUCGGCGGACGGCGUCGCUAGAAGAUAUUCAACCGGUCGUCAGCGGACAUGUCUCAAUCUAUGGGAUUCCGUACAGUGAACACAGCAGCUUCCUUGAGCUCAAGCGUUUUGUCGAGUGGCUGCGUCCGCUUAAGAUCAUCCCUACGGUGAACAAUGGCAGCUGGGCCGCCAGAAAGGCCAUGGAGAAGCACUUUAGCGAGUGGCUCUACGGAAAAUCAAGCACAUCAACAAAUGGUGUCAUCAAUAAAUAGUUCUCAUCUCCAAAAUGGUCAUGUAAAGAACAUGUUAUGUUGCUGCUGUCUUUAUUAUGCACUUGGCAUUUUUUUAUAAUUAACAUCUCUAACAAUAAAUGUUUCUAACUUUU